GUCAAGCUGAAUCUUAGUGUGGCGUUUUGCUUUUGCCACGUUCCUCAAUCCUCAGCCGCAGCUCAUGAAGUUGUCGCCUCAUCCAUAGAUUGUCAUGUGCUGCAACAGCUGAAGCACCUCAAUUGUACAUGCUCCGCUGCCUUGAAAGCUAAGGGUCUGAUGUGAUUUUCCGCGGGUCCCUCUCGUUCUUCCAGGACAUCAUCUCUACCUAAGUUAUCAAACAACCGUCAAGGUUUGAUGAUUCCCAGAGGGUACUUUGUUACAUGACACUUGAAGCCUGAACCGAAAUCAUCCGCAUCGCAACUUGUCCUAGUAGGUUGGUUGAAAGCUGUGAAUGACUGCAGAUGUGAUGAACAACUAAAGCUUUUCAAAGCUAAUUCUCACCCAGGCCGAAGAAGAAUGGGAUUUCUCGAAUCAAGAUGGUCACCAGUCAACGUAGUGUUCGAGAGCCAUAAGUCGCCCGGCAAAGGCGGAAAAUUCCUCCUCAGCUACGAUUCAGAAAGACACUGCGAAUCUCAAGUCAGAUUUCUUACUGGACACAAAGGUGUCACAGCAAAGGCAGCGGAGAAGUUGAUGGGAGGUCGGACGGUCUGGCAGAUCACCGUUGACGGCCUCCUAGUACAAGAAAUCCAAUCGCCGACUUCUACUGAUGGAGUAACGGAACAACAUCUUACUGUCCCAAAUUCAGAUGCAGCGCUUAGAGCAAAACAGUGCCUGGGACUUCCAGAUACGAGGGUGGAACGCAGCGAAGACUCGGCCCGGUGGCUGGUCAUCGUCAAGUCCACCUUUACGGAAGUGGAAUUGGACAGACUUGCAUUCUCGGAUGUUGAAAGGGCCCAGGUUUCGGUAGUCAUGGGGCCGAGGAAACCGAGACCUGUGCCCAAACCAGACUCUCGUAUCGAGGAAGAGAGUAAUAGAGCUCUCCCUGAAGCUUCCGUCCCUGGACCAAUUGUGUCUGUAGAAGAAUCCGGCAAGCCAAAGAAAACAGGAGCGGCUAGAGCUUUCUUGAAACGUUUUGGCUUUUAAUCCAUGUAGAAGAUUAGGU